GUGCAUUAGCCGAGAGCCCGUGCGGGACCACCGUGCGAUUUCCGACCUGAGCCGCGCGAGACCCGGCCGCCCCCCUCGAGGGGCCCUCGCGAAUCCGUUCCUCGCACUCGGCUGCCCAGGGCAGCUUGAUGAUCUUGAGCCGCGCGUACGCCCGGACGAUUGAAAGAGAGUCUGCUCCCCGUUCCCCGUGAGAGAGAAGUCAGCCCGCCCCCGUUUCUCACCCCGCGCGUGAAAUAUGUCCGAGAUCACGAGCACGAUCGGCACGCCCGGGGGGCUCGCACCGGAGAAGAAGGCGAUCCCCGUGACCGAGAAGCCCGACAGCGCCGUCACUUGGAAGUCCAUGAGCAUCCGGCAGAAAUGGUCCUUCCUCACCAGCAACAUCACCAUCGAGCCGAUGGUCGCGUGCUACGUCAUCCCCAGCGUGCUCUGCCAGCUGGCCACGCAGAAUCUCAUCCUCGAGAAGGCGUGCAGGGUGAACCUGGCCUACUCGGACGAGGUCUGCUCGGCCCUGUCCGCCAGGAACACCACCGGCUACGAGGCCGAGGAGACCGCGGUUCAGCAGAUGGUGGCGCGUAUGCAGACCUGGAAAACCCCCCUGCAGAGCGCCCUGCCGACCCUCCUGAUCCUCUUCAUGGGCGCGUGGAGCGAUCGCUCCGGUCUGAGGAAGCCCUGCAUGCUGCUGCCGAUCAUCGGCGAGUUCUUCAGCAGCAUCACCCUCAUCGCCUGCACCUACUGGUUCAACGAGCUGCCCAUGGAGGUGGUCGUGCUGGAAGCGGUCUGGCCCGCGCUAACCGGCGGCUGGUUCACCAUGUUCAUGGGUAUCUUCAGCUACAUAGCGGACAUCACCACCGUGGAGUCGAGAACGCUCAGGAUCGGCGCGGCCAACGUCUUCGUGUCCCUGGGCGUGCCGAUCGGCAUGGCCCUGUCGGGGAUACUGUAUACGAAGUUAGGUUUCUACGGUGUCUUCAGCAUCGCGAUGGUGUGUUACGUACUGAGCUUUGUGUACGGCCUAGUGGUGAUCAAGGAGGUACCGAGGGGGCUCGCGGAGCGCUCGCGGAAAAAGUCCCUUCCGACCGAGAGGAAACGGACCUCGCUGUGCGCCUUUGUUCUCGACUUCUUUUCCUUGAAGCAUAUCGAGGAGACAUUUCGCGUGGCGUUCAAGAAAGGGGCGAACAAUCGCCAGAAAAGGGUCGUCGUGCUCAUGGUCAUUGUUAUGGUCGUCAUCGGACCCCUUUACGGUACCGCAAUCUCCGUCGGUAUCUUCAGUCACAUUCUCAAGAUAGACGACGCGAUCGUGGGUAUCAUGAGCUGCACGAGUAAAAUUUUAGCAAGUUUCGUUUACGCGUUCGCCAAGUCCGCCUGGAUGGUCUACGUAGCCGCUAUCGUGGAGAUCGUGAACGGCACGUCUUUCAUCGCCAUGCGAUCGAUAGCUUCCAAGCUCGUGCCCACGGAAGAGCUCGGUAAAGUGAAUUCGCUGUUUGGCGUAUGCGAGUCCCUGAUGCCGCUCAUUUACGGGCCAAUGUACAGCGCGAUUUACGCGGCGACCAUGAAUUCGUUUCCGGGGACGUUCUUCAUCGCCGGCGGAUGCAUGACAUUGCCCGCGGUGUUUGCAUUCUUCUGGUUGUACACGGAGCACCGAAAGGACCGCAUUAUGAAGGAGCAGACGAAGGAACCCGAAGCUAUGAUGAAUCAUAAGAACGAGGAGGCGACAGAUUAUAAUUUGAAGGCGUCGAACCCUCGGAUCGUGGACGCACAGAAGAAGGCCGAAAUGAUGAAUGGCAUAGAUAACGCGGCCUUCGAAUCGGAGCAGUUGUGAUCUCACGAUUUACGUGAUCUUUUUUUUUAAUAUACGGAGAUACGUACGAUACAUUAAUAAUACCUCAUCAAAAAGGAACGGAGGAUCCGAAAGGAUACCUCGGGGCCUAAAUGCCGGUCACGUUGCCGGCCAAGGCGCUAGCGAAUUUGCUUUACGAGGGGGAUACCAAAGGCAUUUUAUUAGAACAUACCAAUCGAAACGGCAUGUCGAAAUUCAAGGUGCACGAAGAUUCCGGCGAGCCGUCUUUCGUCACAGUUUUACGAAAGUCGAAUUUGUGACUUGCGGUACAUUUAGCAAAGACGACGAUACGAUAGUAAUUUGUCAGAGGUAAAAACGCGUGAACGUUUCUCCAAUGAAAUGACGUCUAACGGAACUCUCGUUCUGGAGUACUUUAGCACGCGGUGAGAACGAAUUAGGAUUCUGAAUUACGGCAUUCUCUCAAAUCCUACGCAACUGCUAACUGUUAUCACCUUCAUACUGCAUCAAGGUGUAAAUAAAGCACUUUAUUGAGACUUCCUCUUUGCCAUCCAUGACUUCACUUACUGCAGCUUGUAGAUCUUAUUUCAAGUAUUCUCAAGAUGUAGAGAUACUCCGAAUGAAGGAUAACUACCAGCUUGUUUAAUAUUUCUAGUUGAAAAUAGUACCUAACAAGAGUUGAAAGGGUUUAUGUUCUUUCUUUUUAAGAUCUGACGACAUAUAAUUAAUGCAGUCACUUCAGAGAGGAUAUUACUCCAAGAUUGCUUUUCGAUAAGUACGAAAAUACUGAUUUGCUGCAUUGAAUACAUUCAUGUUCAAUAUCUUUGGAAUAAAAUCCUUCUUAAGAUGAAUCAUUUAUUUAUAUGUAAAAUAUAUUAUACACAUGUAAUGUACAUACAAUUUGUUGUAAUUCCUUGCAAAUCUUUCGCAGUCUUUAAUUUAGUACUCGUUCAAAAGCGACGAAAUCAUUGACGGAAACACCGUAGUUUAACAAAGUGACGUUAAACGCGACAUACAAAUUUUUAUUUAACAAUCUAUAUAUAUCCUUUAUUUCGGGUACACUAGUACAAACUGUACUUAAACGGAUUACGACGACAGCGUGAAAGGAAUAUGCGCAUCACAGAUAUUCAUAUCGCAAUAUUGGCUGCUCAGUUUCUUUCCUGUUUUUCCUCUCUUUCUCACCCUCUUUCGCUGCACCAAGAGCAAACCUUCGUAAGUGAAACGUGAAUCCUACUUUCUUCUUAGCGCAAAUUUUCUAACAAGCACGCUGACCGCGUGAUAACAUUGCGAUUAUGGGAUUUUGUCGAAAAGAGCUUCGAAUAGGUAAUCGUUUUUUUUUUAAUCAAUCUUAAGUAGAGUUUGAUAAGUAGCAAUACAAACUUUGAGAUGUAAUUCAUGUAUGCGUAUACAAUACGAAUCCAAAAUUGGUAAAACAAAUGCAUUUGUUAGCGCGACAGCGUAAUACACGUACAAUUCUCACAUCUGACAUUUUGUUUCCGUAGAGCAGUUGUUAAGUUUUUACACAGAUUCGUAAUUUCGUGUGUGAUAAAUUUAAGUGCGAUAAUUUAAUUAUAUAUAUAUAUAUAUAUAAUACGAAUGUAAAAAUCGGUUGCGUACGUUAAUUUCAUGGAUCUGAUUAAAUAAUAAAUAAGUAACAUAGCAAAUUAAAUUAAUUGAUUGUACUAAAUGGUAAGAAAGAUAAAUCGAUUGCUCUCCGUGCCUAUUUUCCGACACACUCGACUUUUAGGUAUUUAUAACAAUCUUUAACGCUUAAGCGUAUUUUAGACAAUCUAUAAUUCGCGUCAGAAUUCAGGAUAAUCCGCUUAUAAUUUUAUGUGCUGUGUAAUGCAAAAAAAAUAAACAGCUCGACAUUAUUUUACAAUCGACGUAUAUUAAUAAAGUUGGAAGGUAUAAGCAGCAAGCUAUAUUUAUUUUUCUAUGCAAUUAAUAAAAACGUUACUUUGGAUUCACUUUAAAUAACAUUAUAUUUAAUGCUUAUGUAUACAUAUAUGCGCCGUGCUAGUCGCAUAAAUUAUACAGUUUUAACAGAACCAGCAACUUCUAAUUUACUAUUUAUUUUUAAUUUUUUUCGAGACAACCGUGAUAAGCCAUGUGAAAUUAUAAAGAGUUAAGAACGUAAAUCGAUCAUAUUGUUGCGUUUAUAUAACGCUGUAAAUUAUACAGCGAUUAUUUGUAAAGACUGAAACUGAGUUGUAAAUAUAGCAACAGUUAUAUAAUUUAUCCCGUCCUUUCUAGAUCUUGCUGAUAAUGUGCAUAGAAGUAAAAAAAAACAGUAAAUAAAGUUAGAACUCAUGAAAUUGCAACGAUGGGAAUUUUUAAUUUCUCUCAUUUUUAUCUGAUCACGGAUUUCUUCUAUUUAUCAAGAAAUUUUUGUUUCUCUUGGCCGAUUCGUAAGUCUAUUAAACAUUCUACCGAUUUUGAGCAAAUUUUUAAAUAAUUUUCCAAUGGUUUCUAAGAAGUUGACGCUAUUAAUGCUUCGUCAAUUUUCCAGAGAUCGUAUCAGAAAUCUAGCAAUCCUGUUUUACCAAAUGCAAUUAAUUAAUAAGCAUAUAUAAUAAAUUAUAAAUAAACGAUAUAAAAUUAUCGUUAAGAUGUAAUGUAAUUAUGAACAUCAAAAAUAUAUACUUACCAGCACAUGGUGGAUCCUUGUUCCAUCAAUAAUUUCCAUUUUCGUUACAAAAUGUAAAAAAAAAUGAACUUGAGUUGCCACAAUUAUUACAACAGUAUGCGUUAAUUGACUUGACAGCAAUCAGAUAUUCGAAGGAUGGAUUCAACUGAUUCAACCAUAAAAAUAUCAUAUGUUAAUAAAUAUAGUUGCUGUGAUAAAAAAUAUUCAAGAUAUAAAAGUAUGAGAAAACAGUGGGAGGCGUAAGUUUUGUUUUAUCUUCGAGGAUUGGAUUCGCGGACGGGGUACGCUUUGGACGAUGAGAGGUGCGGAAAGAAAUACUCCUCGUGCGAUUCAUGUUUUCAACAAUUUACUCCUAGGCUCUUGUUCUGGCCAGUUGAGAAUGAGACCGGCGCGCACUCGCGGUCCCCCCUUUGUUAAUUACAUAAUACAUAAAAAUAAUGGUAUGUACAAAUGUAGGGAGAAAUGUUAGGCACUCAAUGAACAGAACGGCGAAACUAUAAAUGGUAGCUUUGUCGCGCGCACCGUGCGGAUGGUGUUUCCUACGGCGUGCGAUUGACAUCGACGAGAUAUGAUGCGCUCGGAGAGCAGAGAGCGGGAGACAAGUUUUAGGGAUACCGUGGUGCGAAAGGUAGAGCGCAUUUACGCGACACGGACGCGCCAGAAAAGAAAAACCAACAGUGCGAUCGGCUUCUUUCUUUCCAAAUUUGGUUCGCCACUCGACUCGCGUCGAGUCCCCCCAGGAUUGUCGCGGUGAAGUUGGAAUGUUAACGGUCGGGCAACAAGCGUGGCUUUUUUUUUCUUACGUGGAAUGUGCUCCGCGCGAAGUCUCACGAUUAUCUUUAUUUUUUUCCUCUUUUUUUUCCUUUAAAAAUUAAGUCGCAUUAUCUAAGUACCGCAGUGUUGUUAUACAACGUUAAUAACGCUCCUCCCCGUAUCUUCACUGGCCUUCGGGUUCACUACGGUGAACGGCGUGGACACGUUCGAAAGGAACUGCUCACUAUUCUGAUUUUAUGCGUAUCGGCGCGCGUUAUCUGUUUUUUUUCCCCUCUCUUCCCGUAUAGUCUGGGCACGUCUGUAGACUAGAGUUCCCGUGUCGUUAUAACGUUGGUUUGAAUCAAAACGCAAAACGCAACUGGCGUAAAACGUCCUACCGUUACUCUCAAUCUUUUCCCUCCUCGUGUCCGGACACGUAACCGGUGCUCGUGUACCUUACUAUUAUUACGAUUCGAUUCCAAUCGAUCAAAUCCGUUUCACCACACGCGCUACUAUGCUAAACGUAAAAAUAAGGACGUAGUCGCUGUUGUAUGCAAGCGGUUCCUUGACACUGCCAGUCCGAUAUAGUCGAUGCCACCUUUCCACCUCAUACAAUUAUCCUCUCGCUUUAUCAAUCGGUCGACAUACAAACUGCGUGAUAUAUAUCAUUGUUUUUCUUCCCCAAGUACUCGACGUUAAAGUCCACAUUACGCAGAAUAAAAUAAGUUACACGAUUUGUCUAUUUUUUUCUCAUUAAAAUAUGAUACAAAUUACAAUUAUUUAUGCUUGGAGUGUAAGAGCCGUUAGUUGUGAAACUAGAAAGCCUUCGUCCUUUUAUUCGCGGUCGUAAAAACUGUCUUUCCACGGAUGGGAUACAAUUCGAUUUGUACAAUUAGAGCUUUAUACAUAUCCUUGUAAGGUACGCUUGAUAUGACUCCG